AUGUGCGAACUUAAAUUUUCGAUUUUUCUCGUGACUUUCUUAGUCAGCUUAAGUAGUUUAGUUCGUGCCCAGCAACAGUGCACUAGGUUCUAUGAUCUACAACCAAAUCGUAUGAUUAAUAUAACCAGUUUUAACUAUCCCGGAGCCAUACCAACUGGUACUAACUGUCGAUUUCGCUUGAAAGCUCCCAGCAAUCAUGUGAUAUAUCUGAGUUGUCGAUUCGAGUUGUUCCCCGACACCUGUGGCUCAGAGUUCUUGUUCAUCUCCCGCGAUGGCGAUCUGCAGUUUCGCGAUGGUGAACGCUACUGCCGCAUGGGGCAGAUCAAUCGGAUAUCCAACUUCCAGAGCAUGGCCUUUGCCUACUAUUCCAGCAGUCCACAGACCCAGCAGCGUUCUAGACUCAACUGCCAGGCGGUGGCACGUCCAGCGCCCUGCGAUUGCGGCUGGUCUUUCCCCAACAGGAUAGCCAAUGGCGUGGAGGCAGGGAAACAUGAGUUUCCCUCAAUGGUGGGCUUAAGGGAUCUGUCCUCCAAUCUGCCUAUAUUCUGUGGUGGAACCAUUAUCAGCGAUAGGUUCAUUAUGACGGCAGCGCACUGUACUGCCAGGCAACCGGUUGCCAGUAGGCUGUUGGCUUUGGUGGGAGAGCAUGACUUAAGCACAAGUAGUGAAUCUAUUUAUGCCGCUCAGCAUCGCAUUCAGAGUAUCAUUAACCAUCCUGGCUAUAUGGAAACUGCUUCUGAUAACAUAAACGACAUAGCUCUGCUCCAGACGGUAACGCCCAUGGAAUGGUCCCGAGGAGUUGCACCCAUUUGUCUGCCCAUUCGACAGGCAGAUAGCAACUUUAACUACCAAAAUGUAGACAUCACCGGCUGGGGAACCUUAGGCUUUGCUGCUGCCAAAUCGAAUACCCUGCAAAAGGCCACCCUGCUGACCAUGGACAAUGCCGUCUGCCGUAGUCGUCUCAACUCCAGCAUAGCUCCCAGUCAGCUUUGCACCUACGAUGCUGGAGGCAGGGGUCAGGAUUCUUGUCAGUAUGAUUCCGGUGGCCCAGUGAUCCUGCGUCAGCGGGAAAGGAUGUUCCAGCUGGGCGUGAUCAGUUUUGGCCGAGCAUGCGGUCAGCCCUUUGGCAUUGGGGUCAACACACGGGUCACUUCGCACCUCAACUGGAUGUGGCGAUAUAUAGGCGGGGCUGUGUGUGUGCGUUAAGGAAGUGCAAGUGAUGAAUGUGAAAAGAUUUGGAAACUGGGAGAAAAAAUG